AUGGCGUAUAUUAAUCAUUUCGAAAAGUGGGGCAGACUUUCCCGGGGAUGCAACUCAUCAUCUAUAACAUUAGCGGCUAAGAUCAAGGAUCUGUUAUCCCUUUCGGAUUACCGUCCCAUUAGCCUUAUCGGUUCAUUAUACAAAAUAAUUGCAAAGAUUUUAGCAUCAAGAAUCCGAAUGGUGAUGGGGGAAUGUAUUGAUGAAGUACAAACUGCAUUUGUCAAAGGACGGGAUAUAUUAGAAGGACCUCUUAUAGUAAAUGAGAUAUGUACAUGGGGGAAGAAGAGAAACAAGAAGAUUUUACUGUUCAAAGUUGAUUUUAAUAAAGCCUUCGAUUCGGUAAAUUGGAACUUCUUGAAUUCCAUGAUGCAGCAGAUGAAUUUCGGAAUAAAAUGGAGGACUUGGAUGAAAGGAUGCUUGGAGUCAGCUAGGGCAUCGGUAUUGGUGAAUGGUUGCCCAACAACGGAAUUCCAACUAGAAAAAGGAGUUAGGCAGGGAGACCCUUUAUCGCCAUUUCUUUUUAUAUUGGCCAUGGAAGGACUAAAUAUCGCAUUAAAAGAGGCAGUCGAAAAAGGUGUUUUUCAAGGUAUAACUAUUCCAAAUUCUGAUAUUAAAGUAUCACAUCUAGUCUACGCUGAUGAUGCUCUUUCAUUGGAGAAUGAGGUUGAGAAUUGGGCACUACCGUUAGGAUGUGAACCCAGUAAUCUGCCAUUCAGAAACAAGCUUUCUAGGUGGAAAUCAAAGACUUUGAGUUUUGGUGGCAGAGUGACUCUUGCAAAGGCGGUUCUGGGGAAUCUCCCCAUAUUCUACUUAUCAGUUUUUGCUGCCCCAUUGGGGAUCAUUGAGGCUUUAGAGAGAAUAAGGAGAAAAUUCAUAUGGGGAGGUCCAGAAAAUGAAUCAAAAAUUAAUUGGGUUGCUUGGGACAAAAUUCUAGCACCCAAGGAAGUGGGAGGUCUUGGUCUUGGCUCCAUAAAGGCAAUGAACUUAGCUUUGCUAACAAAAUGGAAAUGGAAAUUCUUCACUGAACGAGACUUGUUAUGGGUGAAGAUCAUAAAUGAUAAGGAUGUGAUACGACGAAAUCUGGGAGGUACUGGAUGGGAUUCUGAUUUUAUUUUGGAUGGAAAGUUUAUUGUUGCAGCCUUAAGAGGACGAAUUGAAAGGGCAGGUCAUUGGAUCCCGGAUGGAGCCUUCAUGUGGAGUAACUGGAUUCCGUCCAAGGUGAGUUGUUUUGUCUGGAGAGAAAAAAUGAACCGCAUUCCAUCAUCGAAUGCUCUUGUUCAGCGAGGAGUUCAGGUGCAAGAUUUACACUGCAAUGCGUGUAUCUCAGAUAUUGAAUCCACAGACCAUAUGUUGGUCACUUGCCCGUUUGCAGAAAAAAUCUGGAACCGGAUAUGGAAUUGGUGUGAUAUCAUGCCUCCUCAACUAUCUAGUGUCAAGGCGAUUCUAAACUUUGCAGCGGAGUAUGGACAUAUCCCAAAGAAGAGGAAAACAGUGAACACAAUCAUUUUCGGAGUAUUAUGGUGUAUGUGGAGAACCAGAAAUGACAGAAUUUUUAAUUCAAAAUUUACUACACCUGAACUCGUUUUUGAAGGUGUAAAUACCAUGGUGUAUAUAUGGAUUAAACAUAGAUAUGGAAAAGGAAAUUUCGUGUGGGAGGAGUGGAAAAAAUCUCCAUUUUCAUUUAUGUAA